AUGUCGCUCGGUGCGCCAGAGGUCGCGCCUGUUCUGUCGACUCCGGAUACCCAUGUCUUCGAGGAUCCCACGCCCGCCGUCGACCCCUCUCUUGUGCGGACUCUCUCGGACGAACAAUUAUACCUUACCUACGAGAUCAAGAGGACUGUCGACGAGAUCCGCCAUGGACGAUACAGAAGGAUAGCUCUACAAUUCCCCGACCACAUGUUGACCGAUGCUCCGAAAGUCUUUGAGGCUUUGCAGAAGGAGCUGCGCACACAGAAAAGNGAUCAAGACGUGACAGAAGCAUUGGACAAGGCUUCGCUAGAAGCCGACGAGGAGAGACUAUGCAUUCUGGGUGACACGUCGUACGGUGCCUGCUGUGUCGACGAGGUCGCUGCUGAGCAUGUCCUGGCCGAUGUUGUAGUACAUUAUGGCCGCACUUGUCUCUCUCCGACCCAGCGCUUGCCUGUCAUUUACGUCUUCACCUUCCGACCUCUCGACUUGGAUACCGUUAUCGCCAGCUUCCAGAAGACAUAUCCGGAUAAAGACCAUAAGGUAGUCUUAAUGGCAGAUAUUCCUUACUCUGACCAUGUCCAACCUCUACAAUCCGCCCUCCAAAAUCUCGGUUACACGAACCUCUUCUCCACAUCUAUCGUCCACAACCCUUCGUCCUUGUUACCCAACCGUACUGUCCCUGCUGGUGUAGACGAGGAUCCCACUGUUCUUCGCGACUACUCGCUCUUCCACAUCUCGGAACCUCCGACCUCCCUUCUUCUCAACCUUACUUCUCGCGUGGCUUCCAUCGACAUCUACCCAACAGUGUCCGAGGGUUCCGAAGCUCCUCAAACCAUGUCAGCCUCCACUGCUCAGAUUCUCCGCCGCCGUUAUGCCCUUGUUACCAACCUCAGUACCGUGUCUGUCUUUGGUAUUCUGAUCAACACUCUUUCUGUCAAGAACUAUAUGGAAGCUUUAUCUCAUGUUCAGGAUCUCAUCACUCGUGCUGGAAAGAAGUACUACACUUUCGUCGUCGGCAAGGUCAACGCUGCCAAGGUUGCCAAUUUCUCCGAGGUCGAUGGCUGGGUCAUCAUUGGUUGCUGGGAAAGCAGUUUGAUCGAAAGUAAGGAUUUCUGGAAACCUAUCAUCACACCUUUCGAAUUGGAGCUGGCUCUCACAGACGAACGGGAUCGUAUCUGGACCGGAGAAUGGAACAGCGAUUUUCAGUCCUUGCUCGGCAAGAAAACUGUUGUCAGGGGUGAAGGUACACACGACGACGAUUCAGACGACCAGGACGGUCAAGGCAUCCAAGAUGAGUCGGACUCAGAAUCAGAAGCACCAGUCUUCGAUCUACGUACUGGACGCUACGUUUCGCAGAGUCGACCCAUGGCACGACCUUCUGCCUCUGCCUCUGCCUCGAAGAAGACCGCAGCUACUAGUCUCAUCAAGCGUGCCAACGGCGAUCUUGCUCAGAUUGGUGGUGAAGUCUCUCCUGCUGCUGAGUUCUUGCGUAGCAAGCGUACAUGGCAGGGUCUAGGUACUGAUUACGAAAUCGCCUACGACUAUGAUGAAGAUGGCAAGAUCAAAGGUGCACCCAUGGAAGAAGGUCGUGGUGGUGUUGCUCGAGGAUACGUUGUUGGGGACUCUGAGCGCUCCUGA